CGCUGCGCCGGUGGAUGACGUCACGGCGCCGCCGUAGGAGGACCGAAAGUUUAGUUGGCCGUGACCGUGUGCGGGGCCCUGGCUAGUACCGCACCCACUUGGCCGGAAGCAGCUCGGCUGCUGGUCCUGGAGGCCGCUCCGAAGGCAGUAAGGGUGGCAAACUGGUGCCGGAAAGGAGCUGCGUCGCGCGGGCGUGGAGGGCUUCCCCCCAAGGGAGGGUCCGGGCCCAGCGGCAAACCGCAGGCCCUCGAGGGUUCCACACUGGACCAUUGACUGACUCUGGGCCUUCACGAGCUGCAGGGGUUCUCAGGAGGGAUGGCGGUCAUGGGCAGCUUGCUGGGCCUGCUGUGGCAGCGUGUGGUGACAGGGGCCACCCUUGAGAGCCGCCGCUGGCUCUGUGUGUCCUCCUGGCGGGCUGACUGCAACAGAGCCUCACUCACUCGUGUACACCGGCAGACCUACGCACGCCUCUACCCUGUGCUCCUGGUCAAGCAGGAUGGCUCCACCAUCCACAUUCGCUACCGGGAGCCGAGACGGAUGCUCACAAUGCCUGUGGACCUGGACUCUCUGUCUCCAGAGGAGAGGCGUGCACGGUUCCGGAAACGAGAGGCCCAGCUGAGAGAGGAGAAGGAGGAGGAGCCAGAGCUCAGUGACGACUUUGAUGUGGAGCAGUACAAGAAGUUUUGGACCAAAAAGUGAUGGUGCCUGGUAGCUGCUCUGGCCUGUGGAGGGAGAAGAAUCGUGUGUCUUUAAAUCAUGUGCUUAUGAA